AUGUUCCGCUAUCGACGAUACCGCACCUUUCUGGUCUUUGCUGUCAUUGUUGUACUAGCGUUAUACAAGUUCGGCGAUCCCACGGGAGCAUUGAAGGAGACUGCAUCCAGAGCCUCAGGCCUCAAAGGCCACGUCGACAACGCCUUACACGGCAAUACCAACCCACGCCCUGCUGUGGCGUACGAGACAAAGAGCCUGAAACUAGACGUCCCCGUUGCUAACACAGAGCGACCGCUGCAAACCCCGCCUCCCGUGAAGAAGCCGGCUUCUUCACCAGCGCCAACUCCUGCUGCCACACGACACGCGCAACCCUCUCCCAAGCCCUCGAUUCCUAAGCCGCUUCGACCACCACCGCUCAACCACCCCGCUGCCAUCAGCGGCGAUGACGAGGAUACAACAUCCGUGAAAAAAGUGAUUCACUGGACGAAGCUCCCUGAACACUUUCCAGUGCCAUCUGAAUCACUCAUCCACCUUCCCACGGCCCCGCCGAAGAAACUCCCCAAAAUACAAGCCCAAUUCAAGCCCGAGGACGCAACGGCCAAAGCGAGCAGGAAAGCCAAAUUGGACAGGAUCAGGGCUGUGGCUAAGAAGUCAUGGGAUGGAUACAGAGAAUAUGCCUGGCUUCAUGAUGAGCUACGUCCCGUGUCUGGGACGUCCCGGGACCCCUUUGCAGGGUGGGGUGCGACUCUCGUGGAUGCGCUCGACACGCUGUGGAUCAUGGGUCUCAAGGACGAGUUUGAAGAGGCGGUCAAGGCGGUGGACAAGAUUGACUUCACCACCACCUCGCGUGCAGAUAUACCUUUGUUUGAGACGACCAUUCGCUAUCUAGGUGGCUUGCUGGCUGCUUACGAUAUUAGCGGCGCAAAGCACAAGAAUCUGCUCGACAAGGCAGUGGAGCUUGCCGAAAUCCUCAUCAGUGCUUUCGAUUCGCCCAACCGGAUGCCGCAGAUGUAUUACUACUGGAGGGCUGAUUUUGCUUCCCAGAAACACCGUGCCAGUCACCAUGUGGUUUUGGCAGAGAUUGGCUCGCUCUCCAUGGAGUUUACCAGACUCGCGCAACUCACUGGGCAGGACAAGUAUUACGAUGCCAUCGCGCGUAUCACAGAUAACCUUGAGGAAUUCCAGAAGAAGACUACACUUCCAGGCAUGUGGCCGGUUUAUCUGGAUGCCUCUGGGUGUGGCAGACACUAUGUUGAUUUGGCGCCUGAACAGGAGCCUCUUACAGCUCCAGAAGGCUACCUUGACGAUGAUCCUGAAGUCAACCCCCAGCCUGCUGCUCCUUCUCCUACCGAAGAGCUGUCUCCUGAAGGCCACAGAUAUCUCCCUCUCAAGAUGCCCGAUCCAAUCAUCUUCACUUCUCCUGACGAGGCAGACACCAAAGACACCAAAAAGAGCCCAAGUGCUCCGGAAACUGCCGGGAAACUAUCAAGUAAAGGUUCCAGUAGCGACUCGUUGCUCAAACGACAGCUUGACAUUGAUGAUUCGGAUUCAGCCACUCUGCCAACACCGCCAGAGUGCAUACCCCAAGGCUUCGAAUCUAGUGGUGGUGGACGCGACGAGUAUACGCUUGGUGGUAUGUCCGAUUCUACAUACGAAUAUCUACCGAAGCAGUACUUGCUCCUCGGUGGCCAGGUCGAGAAGUAUCGGACUAUGUAUGAGCAGUCGAUGGACGUAGUGAAGAAGCACUUGCUCUUCCGGCCCAUGCUUCCGAAGGAAGAAGACAUCCUCUUCUCUGGAAAACUUAAUGUCCCGUCGAAUAGUGGCGACAUCAAGACUGGUGAUUUAACGGCAGAGAAUGCCCAUUUGACUUGCUUUGCUGGGGGCAUGUUUGGCAUGGGUGCAAAGCUAUUCAACCGCCCCGAGGACCUGGAAGUUGCAAAGAAGCUGACAGAAGGCUGUGUCUGGAGUUAUGGUAUGACACCAACUGGCGUCAUGCCCGAAGCAUUUGAAGUGGUCGCAUGCGAAGACCGGAACGACUGCCACUGGAAUAAAACAGCUUACUGGGAGGAGAUUGAUCCGCGAUACGAAAUUCGCUUACAAGGCUAUGAAAGCCAAAUGGAAAUCUACAAAUCCCAAAUGGCCUCAGCUUCUUCAUGGUACAAGGCGGAACUGGCUGCCAUGACUGCACCGCCGACGCCUCCUGUCUCACGCGUGGUCCCGGCAAAAGCUACGUCAAGUACGAUCUAUGCGGACACGCUUGACCGGCGUCAACUUGCUGAGCUUGUGGAUGAGGACGAGAUUGCACACAUGCCCUCUUCAUCAGCGUCUGCAUCUCCGUCUCCACGCGUUCAGCAAAAUCGAGAAUCAGUCAUGGGUGGCGAACCAGAAGAAGGCGAAGGGCCCCCAACCAAAGUCCAGACCGGGCUAGAUAUUGAAGAACUGGUACAGCAGCCGAGCACCACUCUACCAGAAUUCCCUUAUGUGUACUCGCCGCCCCCCGUUGCGAAUCACAAGGAAUACGUACAGAACCGGAUCAAGGAAGAACGAUUACCAGAGGGCGUGACAAGAAUCGGGUCCAGGAGCUACAUUCUCCGACCAGAAGCAAUUGAAUCCGUAUGGUACAUGUACCGCAUCACCGGUUCAGCUCACUGGCGCGAAGUGGGCUGGCGCAUGUUUCUUGCUGUGGACCAGCAGACGAGCACUGUAUAUGGCAACUCUGCCAUUGACGACGUGACUCAAAAAUCACCUGAGCUCGCUGACGAGAUGGAAAGCUUCUGGCUCGCCGAGACGCUCAAGUACUUUUACCUGCUGUUUUCGGAUGAGAACGUCGUCAGUUUGGAUGAGUGGGUGCUCAACACCGAGGCGCACCCUUUUAAACGCCCAACUUGA